AUGCGGUCUGACCCUCACAAGCAGGAAAGCUCAGCCGCGGAUGACAUGGAGUUUCUCAAUCAACCCAUGUCAACGACUUCGAAUCGCGACAAAGUGACGCUCAAGUCGGCGACCUCGCUAACUGCUAGGAUGGAGCAGAGCUUGGAAAUUCCUCUGGAGAUGGACGCCCGUUUGGCGGCAGACUAUCGAACCAGUGUCGAAUCGCCUGUCGCUGCAGUCGAAGCUACCACAUCACCUUUGCUAGAAGAAUCUGAGGAGCACGUUGUUGUAGUGUCAGAGUUUGUCAUGCGGCAAUCUACGGACAGCGGGUCAGCGUCCGACAGCGGCUCUGAAGACAUCGCGGCAAGGGACGACGAGGGCUCAAGUGAAAGCGAAAAGAGUCGCACACCGAUGCACAUUUUGCGCCGGCGAAGACGGGAAGCCAGGCAAAAAACAUUGGAAAAGAAGUUGGCCAGAGUGUCCGCACAGAAACGCUUCACUAGAAAGAACGGUGUCAUCUAUGUCCACGAAGAUAAAUGGACCCAGUAUCAGGAGUUCGCCGACAACGCCCACCUAUAUAUAUCAUCGGGGUCUGUAUCCGUUGAAGGACCACUUGUCCAGGGUGCAACGAACGGCAGGGCCGAAGGCGAAGGCGGCGGCCAGAGCACGGAGGAAGCGACGACGGAAGCAGGUGAUAUUCUUUCGGCUGCAAAGACAACCAUCGGCAUUCUUCCCCCUCGCUUGAAGAUUGUGAAUGAGCUACUGCUCGAAGAGAUGUCGCGGAUAUCGGUGCCGGGCGGGUAUCGUACCGUGGACAAUGAGCACGUUCUUCUCAACCAUGACCAAGUAGCUCCAUACAGGAGUAUUAUACCAUCCGAGACAGCCUUCCGAAACCGGCUCAAGCAGCUCGAGGAGGAAUUUGCCGACAUCGCCCGUCAGUACCCUGAGCAUCCCGCUGUCCUACGUACAUGUGACUAUCUACCAGCCGCGGCGGCAUACCUCCUCGAGCUGCCCCUCAAAACGGCCAUCAACGCGGCCAUCGAAGACAGAAUCGACCGAGCUAGGAUCCUGCUGGACGGGUUUCGCGCACUUAUCCAUGUCCUGGACACAGACCUGAGAGACCUUGUGCAGAGCUACCGGCAGAUCGAAGCGGGGACGGUGGAAAAACUGCCCUUCUCACAUCUGUGGUAUCUGUUCCCUCUGGGCCAGGAAAUCGUUGUGAAGUAUCCAACUUACAAAGCCUACCGGGUCCUGCAGGUCACUGGUGGACGACGGUCCCUGGAGGCCAGGAAGAAAGACAAAGGUACGGGAGGGAGGACUAUUUCCGACUUGGUCAUCGACUGCUUCUAUAUCGACUAUGAUGGAAAAGAGUUUGGGGCCGUCCCGUUCACCAUAUCCAUCAAGCCAUAUGACGAUGUGAAGAGCGUCACGGCCCUACCAGCAUACCCUAUUGCUUAUGACAAGAGUGCGAGGGACGGCCGGCCAGUGCUCGAAUAUUUGAUCAAGAGAGGCAAAAAGUUUGAAGAGCUCACCAAAGUGAGUCAUCGCAGGUAUCAAGGCUACACUCUUCGGGAAGGUGAGAUCUUUGAUACCGUUGAUGAGGUCGACAGUGACGUGAUGAUCGACUUUGAGAUGGCAUAUCGCAACACACAACGCAGGAUCCCUAGACCGGAGUUUGGGGGAGGAGUCAUUAUGAGUCCAACUGUGGAGGACUACGAAGAAAGACACGGUCCCGGCCUAGUGUAUGAUGAUGCUGAGCUUCUUGCAGCGAAGCGGUCUUUGUGGACUCGCGACAACGACCUCCUUCGCAAUCACACGCGAGGGACCCUGCAUCGAGAUAUCUACGUAUUGCUCCCAGGUAGAGUAUACGGCUAUGUUUUGUUGAGCCGAAACUGGUAUCCGCUAGAUAUCAGCCAUGUCGACAUCGUCCCAAAGGUAAAGCCAGGCGAAAACGAUGGGUUUCAGAAACUCGUUCUACCAAACGGACACAAGGAGAUCGUCAGAGCUUUGAUCAACACCCACGCUCGGAAGCUCGAAGCCGAUAAGUCGCGGUAUGAGUUCGACGUCGUCAAAGGCAAGGGAAAGGGCCUCAUCAUUCUCCUCCAUGGGGCACCGGGAGUCGGUAAAACUUCCACGGCAGAGUGCGUCGCCGCCAAUGCGGGCAAGCCGCUCUUCCCUAUAACAUGUGGAGAUAUCGGGGGUGAUUCUGCUCAGGAGGUCGAGGAGAAUCUGGAGAAGUUCUUCGACCUCGCGAGGAAGUGGGACUGUGUACUGCUGCUGGACGAAGCCGAUGUCUUUCUCAGUGCCCGCGAGGUCGGAAAUAUCAGACAGAAUAGUCUUGUCUCUGUCUUUUUAAGAGUCUUGGAGUAUUACCCCGGCAUUCUGAUCCUGACAACGAACCGAGUUGGAUUAUUCGACGAGGCAGUCAAGUCCCGCGUCCACUGUUCUCUCUACUACCCGAAACUCGACAAGGACCAAACCUUCCAAGUCUGGCAGAUGAACAUUGCGGCGCUGGAAGAUCGCAACCGGGACCUGGAUCCGAAACUCCGGGUGCAUUUUGACCAGGGAGAGCUCGAAAAAUACGCCAAAUACCACUGGAAGAAGGGAGACGCUUCCACCAGAUGGAACGGCAGGCAGAUCAAGAACGCCUUCCAGACGGCCGUCGCGCUGGCCGACUGGGAUUACCUGCAGCUCAGCAGCGAGCAAGAGGUCAAGGGACCGGCCCUGGAGCCGAAGCAUUUCAAGAAGGUGGCGAAAGCCAGCAAGCAUUUCGACAAGUAUCUGGCCAAGACGCGGCGAGAUGACGAGCAGCUGGCGAGGGAGCGCGGCGCGCGAGACGAUAGCUUCGGCAUCGACCCAGGUACUGCUUCUGAGUGGGACAGUAGCAGCGAGGAUGACCGGCCAGCCAAGAAGGCUAAGUCUUCCUCUAAGAGGCGGAAGAGCGAGAGCAAGAGCAAGAGCAAGAGCUCGGAAAAGAACAGCAAACCAAGAGAACGAAAGUCCAAAACCAAAUCCCAGAGCAAGAAAAAGCAGGCCGAGCCCUCAUCAUCUUCGGACUCAUCGAAAGCGUCAGACGACGCAGACUCCUCCCGUAGCGAUGCUUCUGAGGAGAGUAGCGACGACGACGACGACGACGACAUCGCCGACAAGCAGCGUUCGUCUUCGAAGAAGAAGCAAGGGAAGAGUAAGAGUUGA